CAAACAAACAAAAACAAACCCCGUUUGUCACUCCACCCGCAUCGCGUUGCAAUUGCAAGUCAAAACGCGAGCAGAGCGUCCAAAUUUCUUCCGGAAGCAGGGAGAGGCAUAGCGAUGGCGCAGGUUGUGGUGGCGGUUGGCGGCGAGGACGUGCUGGCCGGCGAGCUGGUGCCGGCGCUGUCGUCGCUGGAGCCGGUCUACGGCGCGGGGUCGCCGCUCGACGAGGCGCGCCUCCGCUUCGCCCGCCUCGGGGACCGCUUCCGGGACGUCUACGGCGCCCGCCCCGCCCUCUUCGCCCGCUCCCCAGGGAGGGUGAAUCUCAUCGGGGAGCACAUCGACUACGAGGGCUACUCCGUGCUGCCCAUGGCCAUCCGCCAGGACAUGAUCGUCGCCAUCCGCAAGGCCGACGGCGCCCAGGUGCGCGUCGCCAAUGUCGACGGCAAGUACCCCACCUGCGCCUACCCGGCAGACCCCAACCAGGAAAUUGACAUAAAAAACCACAAGUGGGGCCACUACUUUAUGUGUGGAUACAAGGGAGUAUAUGAGUACGCUAGGUCAAAGGGGAUAGAUAUGGGUGAACCUGUUGCUCUUGAUGUUGUUGUUGAUGGCACAGUUCCUCAAGGAUCUGGACUUUCAAGCUCGGCAGCAUUUGUUUGUUCAGCAACAAUUGCUAUCAUGGGAGUUCUCGGGAAAAAUUUCCCAAAGAAAGAAGUUGCUCAAUUCACUUGUCAGUCUGAGCGCCAUAUUGGGACACAGUCCGGGGGUAUGGAUCAGGCUAUAUCUAUCAUGGCCAAACCUGGAUUUGCUGAGCUGAUAGAUUUCAAUCCAAUCAAAGCAACCGAUGUUCAACUACCUUCAGGUGGUACAUUUGUGAUUGCCCACUGUCUGGCAGAGUCCAAGAAAGCAGAGACAGCUGCUACAAAUUACAACAAUCGUGUUGUGGAGUGUCGCUUGGCUGCGAUUGUUCUUGCCAUCAAACUAGGGAUGGACACAAAUAAAGCUCUUUCAUCAGUUACCACCCUCUCUGAUGUUGAGGGUUUAUGUGUCGCUUAUGCUGGCAAAGAAGGUUCUUCUGAUCCUGGUGUUGCCGUGAAGAACCUAUUGCAUGAGGAACCAUAUACAACUGAGGAAAUAGAGAAAAUUACAAGUCAAAGCCUGGCAUCCGUCUUCAAGAGCUCUCAAACUUCCUUGGAUGUUUUGAGAGCUGCAAAGCAUUUCAAGCUAUUUCAGCGUGCCUUUCAUGUGUACUCGGAAGCAAGGCGGGUGUACGCGUUUAGGGAUACAGUGUUAUCAAAACUCAGUGAGGAAGAUAUGCUUAAAAAGCUUGGCGAUCUUAUGAACGAUAGCCAUUAUAGCUGUAGUGUGCUAUAUGAGUGCAGCUGUCCUGAGUUGGAAGAGCUUGUAAAGAUAUGUCGGGACAACGGGGCGCUCGGAGCACGGCUUACAGGAGCCGGGUGGGGCGGCUGUGCAGUUGCCUUGGUCAAGGAGGGCAUAGUCCCUCAGUUCAUUCUCAAUUUGAAGGAGAAGUACUACAAAUCAAGGAUUGACCGGGGGGUUAUCAAGCAGAGCGAUCUCGGGCUGUACGUGUUCGCGUCGAAGCCGUCGAGUGGCGCAGCCAUAUUGAAGUUGUAAACAUGCCACCUUACUGGUUCCGUCACCUGUACAUUACAUGGACACAUACUCGCCUACAACUUAUAUAUUGAUACAGAUGCAAUAAAGAGGUGCUCACGUUCCCGAAUGUAAAAUAUACAAUGUACCUUAUGAGCAGUGUGACUAUCGCGUAACCUA